AGUUGUUAAUAAAGUUUGUUUAAAAAAGUCAACAGUGACGUAAUCCUUGCUCUUACGCACGACGUAAGAUGCUGGAAUUGAUUGUAGGCUAGUGUUAGCCGUGUAGCUGGUUUGCCAACAAGAAAGAAAAUGGACUCGCCUAUCCUGGAACCCUCUUUGUAUACGGUCAAAGCUGUUCUGAUUCUGGACAAUGACGGAGACAGGCUUUAUGCCAAGUAUUAUGACGACACAUAUCCGACGGUGAAGGAGCAAAAGGCGUUUGAGAAGAACAUAUUCAACAAAACACACAGAACAGACAGUGAGAUUGCAUUACUGGAAGGCCUAACUGUUGUCUACAAGAGCAAUAUAGAUCUCUUCUUUUAUGUCAUCGGAAGUUCACAUGAAAAUGAGCUUAUGCUCAUGGCUGUUCUAAACUGCCUAUUUGAUUCCCUCAGUCAGAUGUUGAGAAAAAAUGUUGAGAGGAGAGCUCUGUUGGAGAAUAUGGAGGGACUCUUCUUGGCUGUGGAUGAAAUAGUGGAUGGGGGCGUGGUCCUGGAGAGCGACCCGCAGCAGGUUGUGCAUCGCGUGGCUCUUCGAGGUGAUGAUGUACCACUGACAGAGCAGACAGUCACCCAGGUGCUUCAAUCUGCCAAAGAACAGAUCAAAUGGUCACUUCUUCGGUAGUCAUCCUUGUACCAGCCCACCAGAGCUCACAUGACACUGAUUCUCCUCCUUUAACGUCCACCUGAGUCAAAGCUUUGAGGAGUAUUAAUGGCUGAUCCAAUCACAGUUCAGGACUGCUACAUUCUUCAACUCAGUCGUUCGUUGAAUGAUUAAAAUGAGGAUAAAACAUGUACAUUCCAUUCAUGUUCUGAUUUUUCAUUGAAGAAACUGUUUUUCUUAAAGCAGAUGAUCUACAUCAACAAGUCCUUUUGUCAUUCCAAUAAUCUCACAUAAUAAAAAUGAUCAUUUGAUCCUA